AUGAUCAAUGAUGCUCGGCCAGGUGAUCUAGGACAAAUGGUUAUACUACCUUCGAGUUUCCAGGGUGGGCCGAGGCACAUGCACGAGUAUACGCAAGACGCUCUCACUUACGUACGACGAUAUGGACGACCAGAUCUCUUUAUUACAUUUACGUGCAAUCCGCUAUGGCAAGACAUCAAAGAUCUUCUGUUUCCAGGUCAAUCGCCAUCUGAUCGCCAUGAUUUGAUAGCACGAGUUUUCAAACAGAAACUAUCAAUUCUUUUGCAAUUAAUUACAAAAAGCCACGUUUUCGGCGAAUUAAACGCAUGGAUGUACUCAAUCGAAUGGCAGAAAAGAGGGCUGCCUCAUUCGCACAUGCUGGUGUGGUUGAAGAAUCACAUUCAUGGUAGCGACGUGGACAAAGUUAUCUCUGCUGAAAUCCCGAACAAAGAGAUCGAUCCAGAACUUUACGGUGUUGUGACCUCUCAAAUGGUCCACGGGCCUUGCGGGACGUUGAACCCCAAUUCUCCGUGUAUGGUUAAUGGGAAGUGUUCAAAGGGUUAUCCCAAGCAAUACUUAUCGGAAACAAUGUCCGGGAAUGAUGGUUACCCACAAUACCGCCGGAGAAAACCGGAAGAGGGAGGAUUCUGUACCAAAAUGCAGAUGAAGACCAGUCAAGGUUUCCAUGAGGUGGAAAUUGAUAACAGAUGGGUGGUUCCAUAUUCCCCGCUACUAUCAAAGAUUUUUCAUGCUCAUAUAAAUGUUGAAUCGUGCCAUUCGGUUAAAGCCAUCAAGUAUAUGUGCAAAUACGUGAACAAAGGUAGCGACCAAGCUGUUUUUGAGUUUUCGAACAGUUCAGACGAAGUACAAGAGUUUCUGAUGGGUAGGUAUAUCAGCAGCAACGAGGCUGUCUGGAGAAUCCUGGGAUUUUCGCUUCAUGAACGAAGUCCAGCCGUUGUUCAUCUGAGUGUUCAUCUUGAGAAUGGACAGCGAGUCUAUUUCACCGAACACAACCUUCAAGGAAAACUGCAGACUCCACCUGCAACAACCUUGACGGCAUUUUUUGAUCUAUGCCGGCAGGAUCCAUUUGCGAGAACUCUUCUGUAUUGCGAUGUUCCGACGUAUUAUACCUGGAACGUGGCUUCGAAAACAUUUCAAAGACGGAAGCGAGGAAAGGCUGUUGACGGUCAUCUCGACAUCAAAGCAUCUGAUGCUCUGGGUCGUGUGUAUACGGUGCAUCCAGCAAAUGCAGAGUGUUUCUAUCUGCGAAUGUUAUUGCACAUUGUGAGAGGACCUACGUCCUUUGCAGAUUUGAAGACUGUCGAUGGGCAGGAGUGCGAAACUUAUCGUGAAACUUGCUUGAAACGAGGGCUUCUUGAAGAUGACCGGCACUGGGAGGAGGCGCUUAGGGAAGCAUGCGCUACUCGGUCCGCAGCUCGGUUGAGGCAUCUUUACUGCAUUCUUCUUACCACGUGUUCGUUGGCUAAUCCCCUUCAUCUGUGGGACAAGUUUAAAGAUGAAAUGAGCGCAGAUAUUCUUCACAAUCUCCGAAGGCAAAAUCCUGAACUGAAUGUUCAGAUCACACCAGAUGUACAAAAUCAAACCUUGAUUUUGUUGGAGGAUCUUUGUAUGACGAUGGCCGGGAAACACAUUAACCAAUACAGUCUUCCUUCUCCUAUCAGAGAUCAUUCGAAUUCGUUGCGUACUGAAAUUUUGCAAGAACUAUCGUAUGAUCGUGUCCAGUUGCACGCGUUCGUUGCUGAAAAAGAACCUCUGCUUGAAGCUAACCAAAAGGCAGCAUACAAGGAGGUUCUUCGGAGGGUUGAAAACCAAGACGGCGUUAUUUUGUUCUUGGAUGCGCCUGGUGGAACAGGCAAAACAUACGUGAUAAACCUUCUUCUAGCAAAGCUUCGCUCGCAGUCGAGCAUUGCCUUGGCUGUUGCUUCAUCUGGAAUUGCAGCGACCCUAUUACACGGAGGUCGUACAGCCCAUUCCGCCUUCAAGCUGCCUUUGCAACUGGCACAUUGCGAUACGGUACCAACAUGCAAUAUUGCUAAAGGAUCCGGUUUGGCGCAACUGCUACAGGAGUGUAAGCUGAUUGUGUGGGACGAGUGUACUAUGGCUCACAAACAUGCACUGGAAGCCCUGGAUUUGACUCUUCGAGAUCUCAAGUCAAAUGAUCAAGUGAUGGGUGGAACUGUAGUGCUGUUGGCUGGAGACUUCCGGCAAACAUUACCAGUCAUCCCCAAGUCCACACCUGCUGACGAACUCAACGCUUGCCUCAAGGCCUCUCACCUGUGGAGAAAUGUGCGGAAACUUGCGCUUACUAAAAAUAUGAGAGUGCAUGUAUUGGGAGACGAAUGUGCGGAACUGUUUUCUAAGCAACUUCUCGCUCUCGGCGAUGGAAAAAUAUCCGCAGAUACCAGUGAUGGACGAAUAUCCUUUCCAACCAAUUUUUGUUGCAUGGUAGAUUCCCAGUUAGCACUGCAAACGAAGGUCUUCCCCGAUAUUCAACUCAACUUCACAAACACGCAGUGGCUAUGUGAGAGAGUCAUUCUGGCAUCGAAAAAUGAUUCUGUUUUCAGGAUCAACAAACGAAUGUUGGGUUUACUUCCUGGUGAGAUAAAGAGUUACAAAGCUAUAGACACUGUAGAUGAUCCAACGGAUCCACUAUCCUAUCGAAUUUCUGAAUUCACUACAGCCAUCCGGAAUUCCACCAUAUAA